CGCCGACUCUCGCCGAUGAUUCGCGUGACGCUCUGCCGGUUGUACGGAACCGGCAAAGUAGUCAAUAAAAACUCACGACUUUUCCGAAAUACUAUGCCAAAACGUAACAAGAAAGGACUUAAAGAAUCUGAGAGAGAGGGAAGACCUGCAGAAUUAACUCUAGCGAAUUUUUUAACUGGAUCACUCGCAUCUCAAACUGCUCAAAGUUCAAACGUUUCUCACAGCACAGCAGCUUCUUCGGCGGAUCUAACAGACAGACCAGAAUCAACUGCCUCAGAAUCUGGCUUAAAUCAAGGAGGAGCAUCUAGUGGAACCGUCGGGUUUUCCGUCAAACGCACAAAGAAAGGGAAACUUCCUAUCUCGUACGAAAACAGGGCCAAAGGUAAGAAAGUCACUGUGAUCAGCAACGUUACUGGUGAUUCCGGAAUAUUACUACAGGAGCUGAAAAAGAAAAUUGGUGCAGGCGGAGUUGUAAGAGGUGACACUGUGGAAAUACAGGGAGAUCAUCAAGUUGUGGUUGAGAAAUUUUUAACUGGCCAUCCCUGUUUGAAAUAGACCGUACCUUUCCCCGUG